GUGUUGGUUGAGCAAGCCUUAGAAUUGGAAAGAGUAGCAAAUGGUCAGUUGUCGUCGUCGCAGGUAAGACUCGUUCCCAUCAUGAUCUGCGCUGUUCUAGUUGCAUCGUCCGCUAUCAUACCAAGCGCAAUAUUUGUCCUCGUCCUCUGGAGACCCUGUAUGCCACCCUUGAUUAGCAUGGGGUUGAAGAAAUGUACUUCAUGGAGUGGAAGUGGUGGGUUGUCCUUCCUGGAAAAGUUGGGCAUAGCAUUCUUUGAAGCAUUUUCAUGGUGGGAUCUUGGUGGAGCUGUGGUAGUGGCAUUGACCUCGUUAAUUGUAUAUCCGGCCGUAAUUGAAGAAAUGUGGGUUGAAGUUGUGGAAAGAAAAUUGCGAGCGUACCCCUCGUACAACGCCACGGAGUACCGGAGAGCUGAGUGCUUGCUGAAUCUUCAUACUUAUGUGGUAGGGAAACCAUUCAUGUCCAUGAUUCUUGGUGGUUCCAUGAUGUGCGAAAUAUCCUCCCUUUACAUUCUGAUCAGCUCCAUUCAGGAGCUCCCACUUCCUGUCGCGUUAUUUUUUUCUGUCAUUUGCAUCGACUUUGUCAUAAUUAUUCAUUUUUUAUUCAAGUCGCUGUGUCGUCCAUACUUGGCAUCCGUGGAAUUUAUGAGGAACGCAAAGGGGAGGAAAAAUAGUAAAUGGCUAGAGAAAUUCUUAAUUUCUUGCACCCCCCUAAAAUUGACCAUGGGCGGAGGCAACUUCUACGAUAGGUUGACUUCGUUGGAGAUCUGGAAAGUUUGUGUAGAUCAAGUUGUGAAUCUUUUGCUAAUGUAAAAUGCGUGGUUGGUUGGUUUCAAAUUGGCAUAUGCGCAUUUGCGCAUGCAUAUUUAUGCAUUUGCAUAUUUAUGCAUAUGCCUAUGUAUUUAUGUACUAAAAGCUCAGGUGUUAGAUUUUCCUUAAUCCCAACUGCCAUUGUAGUACUAAAAUAUUUAGGCUUCUAGGAAAAUGAUGAGAAGUGCUGUAAAAUUUCGACCAAGAAUAGUUUAGCUUCAAAUAAUUAUAGUUUAAGGAGAGGGGCUAACACCAAUUCAAAGUAUUCAUUCCGGGUGAAUUCAAGAGAAUAUGGCUACGUUGAGUAUGUAGAUCUAACAAUGCGUUUCAUAUUGAGUUAUGAAUGCCAUCAUUAUUUUCGAUUUUCACAAUAUAAAAAUAUCACUAAAUUCUCAAAACAAGUUCCAGACGGAUAGGCUGUCUGCCGAUCGAACCGGUUCUCGAACGUCUUACACGUGGCAAAAUUGACCACAAUAAACAAAUUCCAAUAAGAAUUGAAAAAAACUUUGUUGAGAAUACAUUCAUGUAUUGAUACAUAGUACGCAUAUGCAAAUGUUGUUGUAUCUGCAUUAUUCAGUGUAUGACUAGACUACUUAUGCAGAUAACUUAAUAAAAAAACUAAUCUAAUUUCUUUACACGUGUGCAUAAAAAUUCUGUUAUAAAAAAUUGGCAUACACAACUUCUGAUUUACAUAUGCAUAACAUGGCCAAUUAGACACUCGUGAAAUUGGGAAAUUCCAAACAAUUGAGUUAAUUCCAGGAGUUUUCUUUUAAAAUAUAUCAUUUUUUGCUCCUUCUACAUACUUAUGCAUGAAUAAUACAUGCAGACUUCAGGGUUAAUGGUUUAUUAACACUGGAAUUUUUAUAGGGCUUCUGUGUGUAACUUGUACGACGGAGCAAAAUAAAUAAACAUGGCCACUCUUCAUGGUUGAAACCUAGUGUGCCGCCCAUUAAUAAAAGCUGACCAUCUCAAUUUCUCAAGAUUAUCCUUGUUUGUGGUUUUGAGGUGGCAUUCUUCUUCCAUGAGUGCAUACUCUUGGGAUGGGUGGGACUUGUUUGACUUUGAGUAGGUUCAAGACGAUAAAAAAUUGGAUGAAAAUGUAUAUAUAUAGCGGACCCAGGAUAAGUAACUUUAAUGUUUUUGUUAUUUUUCGGACUCAAGGAUCCGAUACAAGUUGUCUUAUUGUGCCAAACGAUGGCGAGUAAACUUUCAAUAUUUUCAUUUGGCAUAGCCAUAUUAUUUAUUGUGCUAAAUGUCUCCGUUUUAACCACGGGGAUAAACUUUAAAGAAGAUACAACUUUAACCAAGCUGCAGGGGGCAGCGUUGCAAAAGCUGAAAGCUCGAGUUAUCCCAAAAUUAGCACAUGACUAUCAGAAAGAAGAUUUAUUUCUCCUGCGCUUUCUUAGAGCUAAAAAUUUCGACGUAAACAAAGCUGAAGAUUAUGUACUUUCGCAAAUGAAAUGGAGGGCUGACAACAAAAUGGAGACCAUACAUGACGAAGACUGGUCGGAUCUUGAAAAUGCAGGUUAUGGCAUGCGAAGUGAAGGAUUUGACCGCGAUGGAAGACCACUUGUUGUGUGGGAACUUGGGGACUGGGACUUGAGAAAAGCUGCUCUAGCUGGUAAAACCGACCGGAUUGUCCGAUGGACCCUCAAAAAUUGGGAUGCAGGUCGAAAACGAGUGAGAGAGUUGGAGUUGCAAAACAAAAAUGUCACGAGGUGGACGAUGAUUCUGGACCUCAAAAAUAUUAAUGCCAUCACAAAUGUAAAUUCAGCUAGUUUUCCCUAUUACAUCGCAGCUUCACUGGGCUAUGACCUCCACUUUCCACACAUGGGGGAUCGAAUAUUCCUCGUCAACACACCUGGAUUAUUCGAGACGGUGCUGGCGUUGGUGAGACCCACACUUGCAAAAGGCACCAAAGAGGCUCUAAUGGUUUAUGGAAAAAACGAAGCUGAAUGGGGUCCUGUGGUGAGAGCUGCAAUAGACCCCUCAGAACUACCACAGCGUUACGGCGGCCUCAAAGAAGAUCCACAGUGACCUCAUGACUACAAGUAUUUAGCACACUGCGGUCUGCUUAAAACCUUAAAAUUAUUGUACAAAAUAAGAAUAAAUUAAUCGUCAAACUAUUCGAUUAGCCUUUGUCCAC